GUGGUAACCAGAUGUGUUCCAGUUUCCGGGCAGUGUUUACUUAAUUUGUCAGUUAGUUCGAAUGCGUUUAAAAUAUUCUGUCAUUUUUACCCUUAACAUUUAUGUAGCUACAACUCUUGUUUUGACGCACCGGUAUUUCCUCUGAGCUCACAGAAAAAGUGACGCUCUCUCUUUCCCUCGGAAGAGGAAGCCCAGAAGAAGUGAAUAACGGUCCUUGUGAGAAGUUUUCCCUUUGGGCAGCUCUGUAAUAAGAAACUUGGAUCCCCCGGCUGGACCAACCCUUACUUUAACACCAAGAUUGUUCGUCAGUGUUGUGUCUCGGGCGCGCGGGAAAACGGUUAUCCUCUUGGUGAAGGCUGAUUAGAAUGGGGCGAUGCUGCUUCGCCACGAUGCAACAGGAUGUCAACUUAUUCACUCAACCUCAGAGUUUUUUGGCCUUUGGUGACCUGCCUUUGUACAGCUGUACUGUGCCUUUAUCACGCCUUGAAACGACGGCAAGAUUGCUCGGGGCAAGAAGACUGCAACGAGUCGGAUGAUGAAACCGGUUCAUUCCCCCUUUUUAAGUUUUCUUUGGUCUUUCUAGUUUGUUACUUCCUUAUUAAGUACUUUAUUUCUCAGGAGGAAGAGCCCCGACAGCUGCUAAUAGCAGCAGAUGCGGAUGUAAAAGUCCCUCCUGUGCCUGAAAUAAGAGAAGAACUGAGCGCAGAACAAAAGUUAAGUUUGUUACAGAACUACUAUGAUCAUCAGAUCCGGCUGUCCCCACACGUCCUGGGACACAGCAAAGCACACGUAAACAAGAUUGUGAGCGAGUUGGUGAAGGUAGGGAGGACAGAGCACCAGGAUGCGACAGUCACCUUCCGGGGAGAUUUUGUGCAGAUUGGCAGCGCCUAUGAGCAGCACAAAAUCAACAGUCCCAAUUCAUUUGACAUACUUAUCCCCCUGAAGCUGCCACCCACCCUGCAGCUGCAGAUUGAUUUUGGCCUCCAUGAUAUGGGACUUCCGGCUUGGUUUCGUGGCAACGCGCUGUGUAAACUAAGGGCCCCCAAGAGAUCAGAGUGGGGCCGACAGUAUAAGAACUUCAGUGAUAGCUUCUGCAUGGAGAUGGAUAGGGCCCCCCGACACCUAUCCUCAGCGCUCGUACUUAAGUGGUUUUACUCCAAAAUGCAGCGCUGUCUAAACGUGAUUCGGUACCGGUUCGAGGAAAGGUGCCACAUUACAUUGUCUGUUGUGGAGGACAAACUAAUUUUAAAAAUCCUGCCUAAAUCUGAUUACGUGUGCUGCCACAUCUCCAUGUCAGUUCGACUUAUCCCAGCCAUACAUGUAGGAGACUCCGUUUUCUUGAUAGCGCAGCCCUGGGGGAGAACUAAUUUGGGUCCGUACCUAAAAGCGGAAAUCUUCUGGUCUGCCAAUUUUUCUAAACAAGAACAGAAACUACUGAGCUGGCUAAAAACACUGGCUCCAGACAACUCCUGCCACCUAAAGUGUCUCCAAAUUGUAAAAGCACUUCGUGAUCUUAAGAGCAGCGAGUUUGAUAAGAAGUGUGGUACCCAGUGGAGGGCCAUUUUAUCUUCCUACAUCUUGAAGACAGCCCUCUUUCAUUUACUGUUACAAGGGAAUCUGGAGAGCUGGGAUGACAAAUUCUUGUUGGACAGGAUUGGAGACCUAAUUGAAUUUUUAAAAGAUUCCUUACAAAAGCAAUGUCUCAUGCAUUUGUUUCUUGGGAGCAGUACCAUUCCAGAUAUAGUGACAGUGCCAAAGUCUGUGAAAGAAGCAUCACCUGUCAAUUUGUUAGCUGGCUUUGACAGAAACACUUUAGACACUGUAUCCUUACAUCUUCUGCAUGCAUGGAAAGAUGUGCACAUCUUAAUAGGAAACAAUAACGUUCACAAGAAUGUCAACAGAGAGUUCGCUGGACAGGAUGGUUGUUCUCACCAGGGGUCUGCAGCUCAAACCCUUGUUAAACAUGACCCUUCUGUAUAGUUGACUUGUGAUGCCAUCACUUUGCUGCCAGUCUGAAAACUGCCUGUAGGUUAAGAUAUGAUUACAGUGGGCUGUUACUGUCACAUUAAUACAUACUUGUAUUUUCUUUACAGCUUGUCUGUCUCCGCUUUCAUAUUAUUUAUGAGUGCCUUAAAAAUACCAUUGGUAUGUUUACUUUAGGAGAAUAAGCCUACUGGUUGUGUUGUAGAUUUGUGCCUGGCUGCAUCACAUGCUAACAUCUUAAGAACCCUUCAAGACAGAAAUGAAAUGAUAAAAGAAACAAACCUUCUCUGACAUAUAAAAGAGUGGAAGUGAUUCCACUUAUAGUAUGUGUUUCAUAAGUACUCCGCGUUCUCAUUAGUAGUUUUAUUUGGUUGCCUAUUUGUAUUGAAAAUCUCACAUAUUUAAUAAACUUAAAAUUCAGUCAGUGCAAUUCUUUUUAUACACGUAAUAUUUAUUUUUUUUCUUAUAACCCUAAAACUGGAAUUUUAGCAGUCUGUCCUCAAAAUGCCAUUUCAUGUUGUACUGCUGUAGAUAUUUAUAAGGGAUAGUGUAAAUCUUGUAAUAGUUUAAAAAGCAUUGCGUCAUCCAGGGGAAACUCAUACUUUUAAUUUAGUAUGUUUUUGUAAUUCCUAGAUUAUUAAGUCUUUGUAGCUACUCAAAAUAUUAAUUUUGUCCACUGAACAUGAAGAGCCACCAUGCUGCUAAACAGAUGUCAAUAUUUUAAAGCAGGCAGCUGUAUUUCCUUUUGUUAAUUUGGAUACUUAUGUUAUUAAAUGUAAUGUGUAAACUUUCACCUUGCUCAAUAGCUGGCAUAUGUGGUGCAUUUGUACCUUUGCUACAUUGCCAACAUUCUGAUCUCAUUAACUCUUGCGUAACAAACCAUCCAGGAAGUUACUAACUGAAGCAAAGGUAGCCAUUUCUGUCCAAAGGGCUGAACUGAUAAUAAGCUGGGAAGGGCUACAGAUGAUUAAAGGAACAGCUAGGAUCUAAAUGUAACCACCCAUAAGGACAGCUGAACAAAAGUAAAGUUUACUAGUAUGUGUAUGUAUAUAAAAUAUAUAUGUACACACACACACACACACACAAGAUACUUUCUUUACUUUGAUUAGACCAGCAUUUAGAACUUAACUGUAGUGAAACCACACCCUAGUUUUUGGUGUGUGAUAACUGACAUGCCAGAAGCAUGAAGCUGUUGUAAUAAGCUACAUAAACAGAUGGAAAGCAGAUUUUUAGUAUCCUGUUUUUGUGUAAAUCUACACAGUUUAACGUGAAGAGAAUUUGGUUCUAAUGAGCAGAGAGUCACAAACUAAUGGUAUUCUAAAGUACAUUACCAUUAGUGGAAGGCAGCGAACGCGGGCCCUGUUUUCUUAUGAUAUUUGAUCAGAAUAGCUCAAUGAUAUGUACAAGAGAGUGAGAGAGAAAGAUAAAAAGGGGAAGGGAAAAGAAAAGUAGGUAAGCUGUACAGGGAGUAUACGUAUGCAUAGGAGAGUGAAAGAAAGUGUGACAAGAGACUGGAAAAGAAAAUGAAAAUUGAUACACUGAUAGGCAUGCAGUGUAUAUACCUAAUCUAGAAAGAAGGGAAUAACUUAGAUCGGUAAGGGGAAAAGAUUAUUGUUGAUCACAGCAGUGUCUUCUGCAUUUCUUUAGACUUGAUAUUCCAGUAAUACUCAGGUCUGUUUGUUGUUGCUCAGAUAAGUUGGAAAAAGUGGAUGAUCCCCUUUUAGUAUAAUUUCUUAAUGCAUUUCCACUUAUUUUCCCCAGGAUUACAUCAGCUUUUUAAACACUACAGAGGUACUACAUGAAGUGACAAGUAUUUACUGGAGUUUCUAUGAUUUACAUACCUACACUACACUUUGCAUAAAAAGACAUGGACAUACGUAUAGUCAUGCAUACAGUGGUGCACCCAGCCUUAAUGUUUCAUAACUGUAGAAACUGAAACUGGCAAUAAAUUUGCAUGCCAUAACCAGAAUUCACUACAAGAUGGCUUGAAAUGUUUCAUGUUUUAUUAUAUGUAGGGGUGCAAUGAAUGCCUUUCAUUACAGAGCUGUUAUUACAAAGCCUUUCUACUUUUGGCAGCCAUCUGUGGUUUUGCAAGUUUGAGAAUGUUUGUUUUAAUUUACAGGGAUGGUAAAUAUUUUCAUAAGAGUCACUUCUCAGGCAUGUUAACAAUAGUUUCUUUUUAUGAUCAUUGAAAACUUGUUUGCAUUCUUUUUUCCAGUUUUAAACCAACUGUUGUAAUUUUCUGUGCAAGCUUUACAAGUGGUGGUAUUAUUUCUUUUAGAAUGCCAAGCACAAUGGGAAGUUUGCCAGAUAUUCUAUGCAAAAAUGUUGCAAAAAGAAAAAAAAUGUUGACUUUAUACUGUAGUUGUUCAAUAUUGUACCAGAAACAAUUAUUUAAGCUAUGCUGUGUUGACACAGUAUCAGGUUUAUUGUAUUUUUAUUCACAAAAAUAUUGAAAUUAUUCCAUAUAAUGGAGAAGAUUAGCACUUUAUUUUUAUAUUGGAACAUUGCUUUAAAGAAAUAGCGUCAUCUCUUUGGGUCCUGUCAGUAAAAACUUCAACUUUCCUUGUUUUGAUCUUUGGGACAGCUUAUUGAAGGAUAUCAUAUUCCAGGCUGAUGCACUGAAGGCUGUAAGCUGCCAUUUAACAUGCAUGUUCACAUUUUUCUUUCACUUUGUUUCUUUGAUCUACCACACGGCAAUAAAAAUAACUCUCUCAGAAAUUACUGCAUUUUUGCAGACUUGCAUCACUGCCAGUUGGAAUAGUGCUAUCAUGUUUGAAGAUAACAUAAGGAAUAUUUUGUCUUUGUAGGGAACAAGCUUUGUUGAUAGAGCUGUUUUUCAGUAGAAAGAAAAACAAGGAUAUGGUAAGGCACUACCUUUCCUUCAGACCCAGCUGGCAGUUAAUAACCAGUUUUCAUGUUAUUAUUUGUAGAGAAUGUGCAAUUUAUCAGAGUUGCUUCAAGAGGGUAGACAGAAAUAUUAAAGCCUUCUUUUUGAAUAUCUACACAUAACCUGAAUUUGCAGACCUUAAAAAUAUUCAGGAUCAGUAACACUGAUCUUCAGCCUUUUCCCCCCAUGCAUGCUAAACACAUACAGUUGAAUAGUGAAAUAAACCUUUUUUUUGUGGUUGCGUAACUUGUAGUUUUUGCAUGCAUGUAUAUCUCACGGCAGAUUCAGAGAACAGACAAAUGCAUUUUUAGAAUGAUGCAUGUACUUUCUUUUAGUGUGAGUUAGAUUAUAACGUCUUGGUCAGUACAUACUGCAAGCUCCAUGCAUAAAUAUUUCUUGGAAGUGUUCACCUUCCCACCCAACAGAAACAUGCUACAACUUCAGUCUGUUGCAUGGACUGCUCAGUGUGGCAGUAUGUGUAAACACGCUCUGUAGGUGUAACGGAAAGGUGAAGACUGGGCUAAUGGUUUUACUUAAGGGGUUGCAGUACAGAUAUUUGUAUAAGUGCCUAUUCUUGACUUUUCUGUUUUAUGUCCAUUCUACAUUUUCUGCAGAUUGUUGCUACUCGUGGUUUUGAUUAAUGUCCAGAUAACAUGGAAGAUGGGUAUUGAUUACAGUAAUUGGUAUAGCAAUGAGUUAAUGUCAAUAGAUGGACAACAUGCUGUAGAAAAAAAAUAGUUGUCAAAGAUUUUCAGCAAACCUUGGGUAAGGCUUUUUUUUUGGGUGGGGGGGGGGUAAGCUCUGUCUCGCUUCAAGUGAGGUGAUCACCUUUGCACCCAAAUAUAUGUACUCUAAGGUCACACAAUAGUGGAUAAAAGAGAAUACUCCGCUGUUGCUUAAAGUGUUUUUGCUGACGUGUCGUCGUAGAAUCUGCAUUUGCAUAACAUGCUAUCGAUUGACAGGUUCCACAAUAGAGCAACGCUGAGAUGCAGUGCAACAUGGAAGCAGUUUUAGAUGACAACUGGACAAGGUGUGCAGCUGGACACAGAGUCUUAGAUGUCAUACCAUUUGCUGACCAGUUUCAUACCAUUUGUCCUUGUAGUCUACUAACUGACUUAUGAGUUUGGAAGUUCAAGUUGUCAGUUGUCUGUUUAGAACUGUUUAAUUUGAACCAUUUUUGGGGGCUGAAGCACAGGUAUUUCAUAGCAUGUUACAGUUUCCACAUUAAGUGCAUGGCCCAUCUGUGCCUAGUUUGUGCAUGCUGCAUAUAGCAGUAGUUUCCAGUUUGUUUUGCAGUCAGGCGUCACACAGAUUUUCAGAUGGCUAUAUGUAAUCACUGUUUGCUUAGAAUCUGUAAGACGGGCUUCGCGGCAGGGACAGUGUGAGGAGGAAAAUAGGUGGUUAGCAAAUUAAAAUGAGGGUGGUAAGUAAUUUGUUCAAUUUAUCAGCAAACGUGCCUUCCUUAGUAGGUAGUUGAGUUUCACAUGCAGAAUGGUGUAAAGCCUGAAAGUAGUAUGCAAGUACAAAUGUAGUCUGUAGUAUCAACAGGCUCAAUGUACACUGUACUAGUAUCAACUCUUGAAGACAGUAUAGUAAGCAGAGUGUUGAGUGUUUUGCAUAAAUUAUCUGUUCUGCAUUUUGAUGGGAGAAGUGCAAAGCAGCAUCUCAUUUGCAGUAGCAUUUUCAUUUUAGUUUUACACAGAAUUAUAUCGCAAGAACUGUUCCAAUAAAAAAAGAAACGUUAUAGGAUGGGGUUGCAUUUCUCCCGUGCAGGUGGCUGUUUACCUUGCAUUCCUUACUUAAUGUAAUCAAUGCUGAGGUUGCUGCACCUAGGGGAUGAUGAACAUUUCACUCAUUCUGGCAAUCUCGUAAUAGCCAGACAGUCACUCGCCCACAAGCUUGUGUGUGCCCACACAAACACAAUUGCUUGUAUACAUUUUCACACAUGCACAUAAUGCACACAAAAGCAUACUGCACGCCUGCACACACACAGCUUUAUUCUUCUUACUGAGUAGACUUGAGUCAACAACCAAACAAACAAAACAAACUCUGCAGUGCUGAAAAUGACUUUAUUAGCGUUGCAGAGAUCAUUUUGCUUGUUUGUAUUGUUGUUUUUUACAGUUCUCUGCUUCACCAUGUUUUAUCACAUUGCUUGGUUGUAGACUUGAGUCAACACCACUUCUGCAACUCUCAGUUCAGACAGCUAAUGGAUUACCAUUUCAUCUUUUCAUACUAGCACAUAUGCAAUUGAUUUAGUGGUACACAUUAAGAAAGAAAGUACUUGUAAUAUUUGUACAACAGUAUUCUCAUCUGUGUUUGAUAGUUAAAUGCACAUUGUUUUGUUAUUAUUAUAUGAUACAGAAAAUGGAAUUGUUUGAAUAUGUAUAUGAGUAGAAGAUUGGUGGAGCUAUGAAAGAGAAGUGCAGGGAUAUUAGGAAGCUUGUAUUUUUUGUUAGAAAUGUAGUUUCAGGAUGAGAGGGCAGGGGAUGUAGUUAGAGAAUGAUUAAGAGGAAAUGUGAGGAAGAAUGCCUUUGCAGAAUGGAUGAGUGGUGAAUGCCUUUUGGGUUUAAGGGGAAGCCAAGUUACAUUGUAGCUUUUAUAUCUCAGUAAGGAGCUUAAACUGCAGCUUACUUCAGGAAAAAAAUAUUGGGUACUUGCGUAUUAUUGCAACCACAUUUUGAAGUUGCUGCAAGUCGUAAUGUUAAAGCAAAAUUACUUUCUGUUGCAAUGAAAAGGGGUGUGUAAACUCCAACUUAGUAUUGUAUCAGUUUGGUUCUGAAACAGGAGCAGGAAUAGUGACAAAAUUCAUUAACCUAGGUAGCGUCCUUUAGCGCUGUAAUUGAAUGCAAGCUGUCAUUAAGGCAUACCGUAGCAGCUUGCCAGUAACAACAGAAAAGAUUUCUUUAACGUUUGUUUGCCCGUGCUCCUUCUACAUGUAGUAAUUUUCUUGCGAUUUUCCACAUACAGGUAGACAUGUUUAAGGACAUACACAUUACUACAUAACUUAAAUAAGCUUCUACAAACCAACCCACACCUCUUUGCAGGUAUUUGUGGGCUGCUUCACAGACUUAAAAUAAGUAAACUGAAAAUUCUUAGCUUAAAAAUAAAGACCACAGCUACGGCACUUUUGUAUCAUUCACUUAGCUAAACAGGAAAACGAUCUGGAGAUCCAGACAUUUUUUCAAAAAAAGGCCUUUAAAUACGGAAUCCUGGAAAGAACAGUAGCGAGUAGCUCAAUCUAAAGUCAUUCAUCCCUUGUGUUCUGUUUCCAAAUAAUGAGUCGCGUUUGUGAAAAUUGACUUACAAAAUAGGGACAGAAUUUAAACCUUGCUCUUAGAAACUUUUUAGAAACUGGAGAAAUCGCUACGUAUGUAUUAUUGAGUUGUUUGGAAUCUGGUUGCGAUAAUACGUUAAUACCAAAUAUUGUUUCAGUUAGUUUUACUCAUAAACAGCAGUGAUUAUACUGGUGGUGGGUUCUGUGUCUCUCCAUUAUGAGAAGUACUGGUAGUGUGGUUAGAAUAGCAUUCAUCACUGUGAUUGCUGCAUUUUAUGAAUGAAAAUAUAGUUUAUCUGAACAGCAUUUUCUGUCAUUUACUUGAUAAAGCUAUUCUGGAGGUUGUUGCAGUCAUUCAUCAGUCUACAAGGUUAAUGGUGUUCCCAUCAAGGAAUGGUUGAAAUAGAUAUAAGGAGACUUGGGAAGUUAGGCAUAAAUGGAAAUAGAGUUUAAAGAAAUCUUUGUGACCUUACAAACUAACCUGGGCAGACGUAGAGGGCCAGCCGCCCUUAAUUAUUGAGAGUGGCCAUGUAUCUGUAAUAUUCUGUUAAACAAGCCCAUGUAUCCAUCAACUGACAGCACAUUAGUGACCAAAGAUAUGUAUUGCACUUUUGCCAAAGCAAGAAUGUUUGUUUAAAUGUACACAGAUGUACUUUUUUUUUUCUGAAAGACAGAAAAUAAAUGAAGAGAAUAUCUCAUUAUUUGCUAGAAUAAUAAGAUGAUUUUUUUCCAGGUGCUUCAUAGGUCCACAAAUAAUUUUCAUGUUGUGUUAAAUUUUUUUUAAGUUACUUUGUUCAAAUGCAGUUCUAUUGAAUUUUCCAGUUCUGUACUUUCAAAUGCUAUGCUGUAUCAUUAAAAAUGAGUUCUGCUCUAAUGGGCUGGAAAGAAACAGGUAUUUUAAGGGAUUACUGAACAUGUUAAUGUUUGUAUGCCACCAUAGGACAUGUAAUGCUUCAGUAUAAUAUAAGUCAUUGUAACUGAUGCACUUCUGAAACAUUUUACCCAAUUGUUUCCAUGGUUUGUUUCCUGCAGAACGUAUUACAGAAAUGUCAGUAUUUCUAAAAAAAAUUUGAUUUUAUAAGAUUUAAUUUAUCUUGUCUAUAAAAUAAUAAACAUUUUUUUGCAAAAAAAUGAUUUUUUAAAAUGGA